AUGGCGUCGCCAUUCCACAACGAUAAGGCUAUCCUCUUUAACGUGACAGAGACCGACCAGAAGUUCCAGUUCUACCAAUGCGAUGUUCCGUCGGAGGAAUAUGAAGGCAGCCAGGACCACAAGAAGUUUGGCCAGCUUCGCAGCGUGCAAGACCCGUCGCAAUGUCUGACGUUGGGUGGCAUUUACGUCAUGCCCAAAGACUCAGACAGCAUUGAGGACGUGCUCAUCAAGACUGACUACGUGGAUACUGCCUUUGUCCUGCGCCCCUGCCUGGACAAGGGCGAGGAUCUUCGUCGCCAGUGGCUCUCGGCUUAUCGCGUCGGCGACUGCGGUAUCCGCCUUACUCUGGAGGGCAAAAAGUCGGAUGUGAGUGCUGAUAACCACGCGCGAUGGUUACUGGUCGAUCCACUUUAA